AUGUGGCAACCAAAGGACCUCGUCCUCGUCGCCAUCUCGCUCUCUGUGCUUGCAUGCACGGUGGCGGGCGACGGCGGCGGCAGGCCGCUCGUGACGGCCGUCACAAGGGAUGCCGCCACCUCCCUCUACACCAUCCCCGUCAAGUCCAGCCGCCCGCUGCCGCUGGUCCUCGACCUCUCCGGCCCCAUCGUCUGGUCCACCUGCGACGGCGGCGCCUCCCACGACACGCUCGAGUGCAACAACAUGGACUGCAUGCGCGCGCACCGCUUCCAUCCGCCCAACUGCCAGCAUACCGGCUACGGCAUGCCGGACGCCCACAACCCCUACCGCUGCAAGUGCACCGCGCACCCGCACAACCCCGUCUCCGGCGACACCGCGUCAGGGGACAUGACGCGCGUCACGCUCUCCGCCAACGCCACCGACGGAAGGAACCCGUUGGGCCCGGUGUCGUUCACCGCCGUGACGUCCUGCGCGCUGGACUCCCUGUUAGCGGGGCUGCCGGUGGGGGCCGUCGGCGUCGCGGGGCUCGCGCGCUCCGGCCUCGCCUUCCCCGCUCAGGUCUCGCGCACGCAGGGCGUCGCUAACUCGUUCGCGCUCUGCCUCCCAAGCGGCCAAGGAAACGGCGUCGCCAUCUUCGGCGGUGGCCCGCUCUUCGCGGCGAAUGGGCGGUCCAUCACGGAGUUGCUUGGCAGCGGUACCCCGCUCCGCAAGCACGGGGAAUCCCCCGGCUACUACAUCUCGGCCAGCAGGGGCAUCGCCGUGGACGGAGCGCGGGUGCCGCUGGACUCGUACGCACCUCUCACCAUUGGCUUCUCCACGACGAUCCCGUACGCGGAGCUCCGCCACGACGUGUACCGCCCGCUCAUCAACGCGUUCGACCAGGCCAUGGAACGCCAGGGUGCGAUUACUACCGGUGCGAGGGUCCCCUCACCGGCUGCGGCGCCGUUCGAGCUGUGCUACAACUCGUCCAGGCUUUCGCCGACGCGGUUCGGCUACUUUGUGCCAACGGUCGAGCUGAUGCUGGAAGGCGGCAGGAACUGGACGGUGUUCGGCAUCAACUCCAUGGCGCAGGUGAACCGCGCCACGGCGUGCUUCGCUUUCGUCGAGAUGAAGGCGGGGGACAAGUCCUGGUAUGGCGGCGUUGCCGCGCCGGCCGUGGUGCUCGGAGGGUUUCAGAUGCAGCAGAACCUGCUAAUGUUCGACGAGGAGAAGCAGACGCUCGGGUUCACCGGGCAGCUGACUGGCAGGGGGCUCUCGUGCGGCCAUUUCAAUUUUACGAUGCCCGCGUAA